UUUUAAUUUUUUGAAUUUUUAUUUUAGUGUUCUUUUAGUUUAAAGUUACUGUAAAGUCUUUACUUAUUGGUGCUUUUUUAUGAAAUGUAUUUAUUUAAUACAAUUUGCAUGUUUAUAAAAACAUAUGGUUCGUCUGAGUCCAUUCCAAUUGGAUCUACAAACACUGUCUUUGUCAAAAUUUAGGAAUAAAUGGAUGCAUUCAUUUUACUACUAAUACAAAACAAAAAUCAUUUCUACAGGAUGUUUUCAAUAAAACAUUACAGAAUCAAUCAUUAUAAUAUGUACUCUAGUAAUUUAUUGUCGAGAUAAAUAAUCUAAAAUGGGAACAUUGCAGUAUUCUUCUUAUUCAAAAACAUCUCUCAAAAUGCCUGAUCAUACUUUGUUGAGUCGAAAUUCUGAAGGAAGAUCUUCUGGAAGCAGUGUUGUCAGUAAUGGAAGUAUGCGCAUGGCCACCUUACCUGUGACAUCAAUUGAUGAUGGAAAGUCUAGGUUUCCAAAGUUAGAAGAGUGUGCUCAUUUUCAUUAUGAACAUGUUGAACUUGGACCACUAAAAGUUAGUAAUCUGAUAAAAUUAAUUUACUUAAUAUAGUUUAUACUUAAUUAAUUUUCUUAUUUUAGUGACUAUUUUUCAUAUGAAAUUCAAUUGUCUAAUUUUUUGAUUUAGUAGAAAAUAUAAA